AUGGGAGUACCUGGCUUUUUUAAAUGGUUAUCUUUACGUUAUCCUCAUAUUGUAGAAACAGUCAAAAAAACACCACGAAGUAAAACAGAUUUUUUGUAUUUAGAUAUAAAUGCUUUAUUUCAUGUCGCAAUUCGUAGUAAGAAAUUCUCUAAAAAACCAAAGACUCCACGUCGAGUAUUAUCAAAAGUUUUUAAAGAGAUGGAUAAUGCAUUCAGCGUUUGUGAACCACAAAUAUUGGUAUAUAUAGCCAUGGAUGGUGUUGCUCCUAGAGCAAAGAUGAAUGAACAAAGAUCAAGAAGGUACUUGGCUCAAACUAAUCAAGGGUCUUCUGAUUCAUCCGAUAUUUCAACAAGUGAACCGUUAGAAGGUGAUAAUUCGUUGAGAGCAAAUCAUGGGAAAGGUUCCGGAUUUUUUGUCCCGGUUGAUUCUGUUGCGAUAUCAGCUGGAACCUCUUUUAUGCAAUCAGCGAAUGAUGCUAUUAAAUUUUAUAUUUAUCAACGCUUAAAUGGCAAAGCAAAAAAUCUUCAAGUCAUAUUCAAUGAUUCUAGUGUAGCGGGCGAAGGUGAACACAAGGUCUUUCAAUUUUUAAACGCGCAACGCAAGGAACCAGGCUAUAAUUCAAAAUUCCGACAUAUAGUUUGCGGAGGAGAUGCUGAUUUCAUCAUGUACGCUUUGUUAACACAUGAACCCAACCUGCGUAUUUUACGACCAGGAACUAAUGGCGAUGAUGUCGUGCUUUACAUAAAUAAACUUCGCAAACAUAUUUUACAUGAUAUGGUAGUACCUCAAUUAAUUGCAGAGAUCAAUGAGGAAAAUAUAAUCGAAGAUUUUGUAUGUAUUGUAAAUUUACUCGGUAAUGAUUUUAUGCCAAGGUUAACGCAUUUAGGUGAAACACGAGUGGAUCUCUUAUUUCGUGCGUACCGAAAUUAUUUUAAUAAAUAUCGCACUUAUAUCACCAAUAAAGGUGGAUUUAUCAACAUGGAACAAUUUCUCAGUUUUAUCAAGUUUAUAGGAGAGAGAAAAUUCUAUAAUAGUAGUACCUCGAACUUGAACUCUGCUCCUGUAAGCGAAGUAGCAGCCAGAGCCAAUGAUUACAUAAAGACAAUUUGUUGGGCUUUACAAUAUUAUUCUGGUGACUGUCCAAGUUGGAAAUAUUAUUACCCUCAUCAUAAGCCACCAUCUAUUGAAGAAAUAUUGAGACAUGUGCAUGCGGAAGGUUUUGAUCAAACCUUCAAUGCGGACACUCCGAUGCGACCAUUUGAACAAUUGAUGUGUAUCAUUCCUCCAGUAUGCCAUUAUCUUUUACCUGAACCUUUCCAUGAUCUACUUACGGGUCCAAAGUCACCAAUAAUAGAAUAUUAUCCUACAAAAUUUAGUAGUUCAAAUUGUAAAGCUAUUUUGCCAUUUAUUGAUGAGAAGGUUUUAUCGCAAGCAAUGAUGCCACGAUAUGCUUUACUAGGCCCGGAAGAUGCACGUAGAAAUGAAGUUAAUGGGUAUGUACACAUUUACGCGGGGAAAAAUUCGACUACUUAUUCAACCAUAUAUUCACUUUGUAUGGCGAGAGGUGGAAAAUCCGUCUUUUCUGCAAAUUCGGUUGUUUUUGGACAAUUAUAUCAUGAUGGACCGAAGCGAUCAUCAGUUGAAUCACCGAUUAACGAAUGGCAUAAUAUUAAUUACAAUUCGGUCGUUAACGCUGAAUUUAGAUUGCCAAACAUUCUUAGUGAUUCAUCGUUCAAGAAUCGAGUUAAUUCCUUACAAUCUAACACAAUGCAACCUUCAAGUACUACAAAUAACGAACUUUACAAUCAUCAUCAACCAUCGUCGUCAUUAUCGAGCUCCCGAAAUUAUAAAGUUAUCUCAUCCAACUCAAAUGUGUUAAUGGCUAAUACAAAUAUACCCAAAGGAAAUUCAAAUUCGGAGGAACGACCAAAUGCGAAAGUAGGAUUUUUCACAAAUCAGCAUAGGAGUUUGCUUCAAGGGAAUACCUCAAUUAAUUCAACAUCUCAAUUUCGGAAUGAUGGGACAGUACUUCCGGGGAACGCAUCAAAUUUGCGAAAUUUUACAACUAAUAUUUUAAGGUCACAUACGCCAAUACCCUCAGAAAGUCAAAAUGUAAUUUUCCAAUCACAAGUUCAAAAUCGGACGCGCCCAGCAGACGGAAGAUAUUUUGUUGAUCAAAAUGUAACAUUUAAAAAUUAUUAUGAUAAAAAUUACUACUUUUUACCGAAAAGAUAA